UUACACAUCAAAUCUUUGCGGGAAAGAGAGAAAUACCUGUGGAAAAUACACCAUCUCAAUUUGUCAUUUUAUAUCAACGUUGUUGGGAUGAAAAUCCCAAAAAACGUCCAGAUGUAAAAUGCGUUCUUGAAGAUUUGAACAGGAUCAAAAAGCCCAACGUCUCAGAAUUGUGCUCAAUAAGAGAUUUAAUAUCUAUCAUGAGUCAUAUUGAACCAUCGAUAGAUAUCGAUGAUAUUAUUGGGAUCCCGGAUAAAAUUAAAUUAAUUCUAAGAGGUAGUCAUGAUGGGUUUGGAAAAACCAUUUUUUUUAAACGGCUUAAAAACAUUAAAAAUAGUAUUUUAAUUUUGCGGGUUCACGGUACUAAUGAGAUUAUUGGUGGUUAUAAUCCUCUUGUAUGGAAAGAGCUUGGUGGGAUACUUCAACCAAAUGCAUGUUAUUCGGAAACAAAUAAAAGUUUCCUUUUCGCUUUAAAAGAUCAUAUAACUUUAAUUAGUGAAGUUAUAAAUUCAAAACAAGCGAUAUAUCAUGAAAAAGGUUUAGGCCCAUCAUUUGGAUUAGAUCUAUAUAUGGUUCCUGAUAAUAUGACUCGAGGUGAAAGCGCACUGGAAAAUUUAAUUUCUGGCGAAGAAAUAAAUUUUUCAGAUUUACCUAAAGUUAUUGAAAUUAGACCUAAUUAUCUUAAACCUCCAAAU